CCCUCUUUGAAUCCUGGUGGAAGCCAGUCCUCAGAUGUGGUACUUUUGAACCACUGGAAAGUGAGGAACUUUGAAGUGCAUCGUGGUGACAUUGUGUCAUUGGUGUAA